GAGGCUGGGUGAGGAAGCGCUGCGUAGCGUGAGGUGUAUAACGCACGUGUAUCGGAAGUAAAAAAAUAUAAUCCGAAAACACGUGGUAAUCUAGGAUCAUAAUUAUGACGAAAAUAAGAAAAGUGAAACGUAGGAAGAAAUUCCGCAUGAAUGUAAAUCGUAAACGACUGCGGAAUAAGUCAACUAAACUGCCGACAAUAACGUGUUCUCAAAUAAAAAAGUCGUGGGAAGUAACGAAAUCCACCCGUACUAACUUAAAAGAAAUGGGUUUAGCGUACGAUCCAAACGAGGUUUUAAAGGUACCCAAUGUUAGAGAAGAUAUCAUUAAGAAUGUUAAAAAUUGGAAGAUUACUGAUGCUGAAGAUCAGUCACAAAAUGAAGAACAUGACGUUGAAAUGGUGCCUGCAAAAGUACAUGUAGCGGAAGAGCUAGAAGCAGAGGCAAAGGCACCAAGAAAGAGGAUGUUCAGGCUACCGAAUAGCCAAGUGAAUUUCCUCACCUAUUUGAUGGACAAGCAUGGGGAAGAUUAUAAGGCUAUGGCAUUAGACAGAAAGAAUUAUAAUCAAUUGACUUGGAAGCAGAUACGUGCUAAAAUCAAAGUAUUUAAAAACAUUCCUGAGCAGUACAAUGAGUACCUUAAGAGCAAAACUGAACAAAACAAUUCUAGCUAGUUAUUCAUUUCAAUACAGGUAUAUUUUAUUUUGAUACAAAUUUCUGUAUAUAAAGUAUUUGAAUAUAUGUAAGACAAAUAAAUCAAUUAAUUCUGCAUGGCUUAGAUAAGAACAUUAAGAAAGAAAAAUAUUAACUUGUACAUGAAGAAAUAGAGCAUCAUACGUGUCUUUAAGUGUAUUACUAUUAUACAUCAUGAAACAUUAAAAUAGAUUUUUAUUUCGAAAUAUAA